AUGGAGGAUCAAUUGAAGAAACUGAUAGAAGGAGACGAAAUGAGAAAAUUCAGCGACUAUUUUCAGUACAAGGAAACGAUUGGACAAGGUGCCUUUGGUAUUGUGGUCAGAGCAGUUAACUUGACUACCCAAUAAGAAGUGGCGAUAAAAAUAAUAAAGAAGAAAUUGGUGAAUCGCUACGAUCAAUUGAAAUAGGAAUCUACCAUCUUGGCUAGUUUAAGACACGAGAAUAUUGUGAAGUUCAUAGAUGUCAAGGAAACGGACACUAGGAUCUUGAUCAUUAUGGAACUGAUACAAGGCGGUUCCCUCGAGGAUUUGAUGUAGAAGUUGCAGGAACAAUGCAAAACAAUUAUCAGGAAUAUUUUAUAAGCAUUGACAUAUAUGCAUAAGAAUAAUGUGGUGCACAGAGAUCUGAAGCCAGAGAAUAUAUUAGUGAAUGAGGACUUGAGUUGUGUCAAGUUAAGUGAUUUUGGGUUGAGUUCCGUUUAAAAUUAAUUAAUGACUAAGCAAUGUGGCACUCUGAUCUUCAUGGCCCCAGAACUCCUUAUGAAUAAAAUCUAUAGCAAAAAUGUAGACAUUUGGGGAGUUGGUGUUAUUAUGCAUAUGUUACUGAAUUAAGGAUAGCACCCAUACUAUAAGUCAGGGGACACUCUUGAAUAGAUUUUGCAGAAGACCAAAGUGAUGCACGAGCAUGUCACUCUUACUUAAAUUUUAGAUUGUAAUAUAAUACAGAGCCGAUUAGGGACUGCUUCAUCCUUGACGAUGGAGGAAAUCUUCCACACUUGGAUUUAGUAAUAGAAGCUUCUGAAUCUCAUCAAAUCAGUAAUGUGUUUAUCGAAACUGGGUUACAUGAAGAAAAUAGAGAACAGAGAGAUUUGCAAUCAGUAUUCGGAGGAAAAGUCCAAAUUGAAGGAAGAUAAGAAUAAGAAGGAAGGGAAACUUACCAUCAAUAAGGAAUUUUAUGAUGAGUUGUUUGAGGAUUAUCAGAAGACCUUGACUGAAUAAUAGAAGAGAUUAGUUUUAACAACCCAAAAAGGUGAGAGCGAUAAAUAAAUUAAAUAAUAGGUCCAGAGUCAAUAACUAUCAACAGUCUAGGCUAAAUUGCAAUUCAUAAUUCAAGCAAGAUAACCUUCCACAAGUUCGAAAAAUUUGGAAGAACCUAUCAAUGAUCUUGAGAAUGAAGAAGGCAAAUUAGAGAUGAAUGAAUCUUAGACUGAUAUGCUUGCACCCGAAAACGAGUUGUAACAUGAUACAAGUAUUUUUGAGAAAUCAGAUCACAAUAUAUCUCUGAAAAUCAAUCCCAAUGUGAAGUCUCCAAAAAAGAAAAGAAAAUCACCACUCAAAACCUAAACCAAAUUGUACUUCUAAAAAAAUGAUAGUCUUAACAAUUCUCAAUAAGGAAUCAAAGAAAAACCUAAUAAUUCCUAGGUCUCCAGUCCCAUCAAAGUCAUGAAUAAUAGCUUAGUUAAUGGCAACAAUACGACCAAGCAUUAAAUCAAGCUGAAACCAUUGCUGAAUUAAACCGAUCCUCCAAAAGAAAUAGUCACGAAUAAUACAAUCCUUAAUCCUAAUCCAAUCGCUUAUGAAACCAAUUUUCGAUCGGCUAUUAGACCUGUGAGAUAGGCAUAUGUCCCAAGAUUGUCCAGACUCAGUGUAGAUAGAGAUUCAGUCUAACCAGCAGUUUUAGAUCUCUCUAGUAUGGCUAUGGGUGGAUUCAGUCCUGUUCAUAGCAAUCAAUUUUUAUUCCCUACGAAAAUCCAAAAUUAUGGUUCUUAAAAGAGAGCAUAUCAAAAUGAGUUUCAUCCUUCAAAAGUACUAACAUCUUUGGCAUCGAAAAAAUCAAAUGAUCAUUAUAAUUUUAUUAAUGGCGGGCCUAAAUGA